AGAUCACUCAAAGAAUGGCGAGUCGUGUUCUGGAUUAUGUUCGUGAUCCUGACGUUGACGAACUUCGUGUACAUUUUCUACGGAACGGGAGAGGUGCAGCCGUGGAACGACUUGUCCGAACAGGAGACCUCGAGCACGGACGACAAGAGAACGCUCAAGGAGAAGGAAAGCAACACAACACAAGAUGACCCGGAGAAGAGCAUAGGGGUCAAAUGAGACCACUCACCCCGUCCGCCGUCGACGGCCAAGUCGAAUCUGCACCCGUGAAAAGACUGUGAUUCCUUGCCUCAAGAGACUGAUCUAGUGGCUGCGUCAUUCGAUACAUUGCGAUAAGAUAAUCGAAAUCUAAAUGGUCCUUUUGGCUCGCCUUUGGCGCUUUGAAAGCGCGGUGUAAAUAGAAUAGCCAAUUAGGGGUUGAUUUUUUUAGAUUAGGUUAUGUUUUUGUUUACGGUUGAACCAGCGAAUAUAUCGAUUUACCGAAUGACAUAGUCCCUAAAUCAGUCUAGUCCAAGUUCCUACACCACGUCACAAGCCGCUUUGUAGAAUUUCCCCUGAGUAGCCCUCACCUGACCAUCCCUUGCUUAGACAGACGGUUCUAUAGAGGCAUCGAGGGGUGCCGCUCAACCCCAAGGGAAUAUUUAUCUCGGUUACUGGAACUGUAAAAAAAGGAUUUUGGGAAAUGGAAAACAUCCUGAAGCAAAAUGCAAAAAAAUGACGAUAUUUUUUACCCUGUAAAUCCUCUUUGAAAUUUAAAAGGGGACUGUACCUCAUCAAUCAUGAGUACCUGCAGUUUUGAAAGACUGAAAAUAAUUGUUUCAUCUUCUAUACAACAAGCAUGCUGCUAAAUGUGAAAGUAAUUUUGUGUCCUCGGAAAAUGAAAAUGAAAACAUUUUCCGUGGGAGAACCCUUGCUGGGGGCAGCACCCUCGGACCCCCACCACGAAAUUGAACGAAUGAGGCACCCCCCCCCAAGAAAACCGCCUUUAGAACCGUCUAAGACCCUCUAGGAUAGCUUCAACGCAAAAAUUCUAGAGUGAAUGUCGAAUUUCUACUGAAUUUGCUCUCUUGUUCACAAAUGACAUUUUUGUAAAAUGUAGACGAACCACAAAAGUAUACUUGUAUUGACGCAUUUUGAUCAUGGGGAAGUCAGGUGAGGUGGAUAAAAAUGUUGAUUGACAUUCAAGAAAAAUUGAAAUGUGGAGUUUUAACUUAAACCACUCUAUGGAAGAAGCUCUGAUAGCUCAAAUCAAGUUCGGGAAUUUUUCAGAGCACAGCGGAAAUAAAUUACUGUGGGAGGGCUGUGUGAAAAAAAGCACACUCUAGAGUAAACGUCAUAAGGUUUAGAUGAAUAUUGAAUGUUGUAUCUUCAGCAAGAAAUUGUAUCUUUUAUUUCGAAUUCCUAUUGAAGAAAAACCAUAAUUAUUAUGAAUUGAAAAUCGUACUUUUCCAUUAUUGUAUUGAAAUAAGUCAUUGAUUUUUGCUUCCAAGCUCUACGAAGGGACGAUUCGUAUUAUUUGAUCCGUGAAUCAGUAUCUCUCAUUGAUCGAAAAAAGUAUGAGGACUUUUAAGAAAUUAACUUGUGACCUCUACUCUGGUUUUUAUGUAUCUGGUAGUGCCAUAUUGCUAGAAUGUAAAUAAAUGAAUUUAUUGAUGUCAAAUACCGUCGCAUACCGGAAUGCGAGAGCUUGUCGUUUAAACGAGCGAUUCACCAUGGUUGGUGUGCUUGACUGUAUUUCAUUUAAAUUGUAUCAAAAAUUUGUUUCAUCUAUUUUGUUAAUUUAUUCAAACUUGUUAGCAUCCUUUCUUUUGUCCUUUAGUUUUUUUAUUAAUUUAAAGAUUGAUUUUUUUAGAAAUUUGUUGAAAAUAAUUUUGUAUUUUAGUAUCUAAAGUAUUAUAUUUUCUUUUAUCUUUA